AUGGCUCCCACAGCAAAGUGUGGCGAGAAGAAGCAGGGCAGUUCUGCCAUCAACAAGGUGGUGACCAGAGUAUCCACUGUCAACAUUCACAAGCGUACCCUUGGAGUGGGUUUCAAGAAGCAUGCCCCUCAGGCACUCACAGAGAUGCGGGAAUUUGCCGUGAAGGAGAUGGGAACCCCAGAUGCACACAUGGACGCCAGACUCAACAAAGUUGUCUGGGCCAGAGGAAUAAGGAGUGUCCCAUAUCUCAUCCGCGUGCGGCUGUCCAGAAAGCGUGAUGGGAAUGAGGACUCACCAAAUAAGCUCUAUGCGUUGGUUACCUACGUACCUGCCACCACUUUCAAAAAUCUACAAGCAGUUAAUGUGGAUGAGAACUAA